AUGCUGAUGAUUUAUGCUAGUGCUCGUCAUAUUUAUUUAAAAUCAGUUGUACAACGGACACAACAUCAUGUUUCAGCUCGUGAAAAAUAUCAUCGUUCAUUAGUUAUUCAAUUUCUUUGCUUUUAUUUUAUUUGGGGUGUAUUUUGGUCACCCUUUAUUGUUAUUUUUCAAGUGUCAGUUCGUCAGCAGAAUUUGAUGAAUGUCGUUACGAUACUUAGUUUUGUGGAAGUAGCAUGUGAUCCAAUAAUUGUUGCAGCAUUAGAUGUUCGUUUUUGGCAUCAAUGGCAAAAAUUCGGUGUUCAUGUAAAAAAUACUAUAUUCGUUGAUCGACGCAAUCGUAGACGAAUUCAUCCUUCAACAGUGAAUCACAAUUGA